AUGACUUCGGACGACGAGGUGCUCAGUAAAGUAACAAAGUAUGGAAAGUUAAUCAAAAGGAAAGAAAAGAUUUCUCAUGCGUUGAGGAAGCUGAGCAAUGUGGAGAUGACUCUAGAUAUCCUAUCGGCAACGAAUAUUGGCCGUUGUGUAAACAAGUUGUGUGAUGAUCCAGUUCAUGGCCGUGAAGCUUUUCGAAUCAUUGAGAAAUGGAAAGAAAUUGCACGCCGAGGUGGAGCUCGUGGCGGCGAAGACGACCGUGUCGCAGAAGGCGGUAAUCUGCAAGCAUGUGAGCAGUUGUCGUCAACUAGGGAUGGAUUGUCACGUGGAGUACGAGUAAAACCGAUGUGUUAUGACGAGGUUAAGUACGAAACAUAUGAGAGGGAUACGUAUAACAGUAGUGAUGCAGAUGCUCAUGUUAACAAAGGAGAUCAGGUGGUUCGUCGAAGAAGUUACCACGGUGAAAAUAAGACAGGUGCAUGUGAGUCUAGUGACACAGACUCCGAAGGCUAUCGACGUCGUCGUGAUAACAAAGAUUACCAGAGCAGACACCGUAAUGAAAAUAGUAGACGCAAUCAUGAAGACUAUUACCGAAAUAGCGAUGAACAUAAGUAUGAUCGUAAACAGAAGAACAGGGAGGUGGACUCACAUUAUAGUGAGAACAGUAGACGCAAUCAUGAAGACCGUUGCCGACAUCGCGAUAGAGAUAAGUACGAUCGAGAACAGAAGAACAGAGAGGCUGGCUCACGUCGUGGGGAAGAUAGUAGGCGCAGUUAUGAAGACCACUACCGACAUCGCGAUAAGAAUAAGUAUGAUCGAAAGGAGAAGAGCAGAGAUGCUGAUCCACAUCGUAGGGAAGACAGUAGGAGCAGUUAUGAAGACCACUACCGACAUCAUGGUAAAGAUAAGUACGAUCAAAAACAGGAAACAAUAGAAGCGGAUUCAAGUGCAGAGUCAAGGAAUGGUUAUGACAGUUCAUCUGGUCUGGAAUGGGAUGAGCAGGCUGACGAUGACCAUCCUGACAAAGAGCUUGAAAGUGCCAGUGAAGAAUAUGGUUUAGAGCCAGCUCUAGACAAAGUUGAGAGGGAGCACCUUGACAGCUACAUGGACGAAAGGAAUGAUUCCGCUUCUGUUGAAAGACAGUCUUCAUCGCGAAUUGGCAAUAAGAGAAGACGCUCACCCGAAAAUGAGGUUCACUUAUCACCAGAUGCGAAGUCGCGGUCAAAAACAACAUUUUUGUCAACUCCAUGCUCAAAUUCUCCAACAAAGCCUGUUGAUAGCUCACUGCUUCCUAGCUCAACCUCAAAGAAAGUCGUCCCGGACUUUGAUUCGAUGCUCCUCAGCGGCGACUCUUCUCCAACAAAGAGUCGUAAACCUCGUGAAGCCCAUUGGAAAUGGGCCGAACCGCCUACUUUGAAUAACUAUCAACCAUUCCCACAGUCAGCGCGAGCAACCAAGGAGCUCACGCAUACUCCAGCAGCAGAUAAUUUUGACUUCGAACAUAUGUUCAAACCUCGCAAUGAGCGUGGAAAAGUAUUUGCUGGUCGCCGAAGAAUUGUCUCUAAAGAAGUGACGCCACUAUUCAAUCUAUGCCUUCGUGUACUAAUGAAUAAUACUCGAGUUCUGUUCUAUGCGGAGUUCAUAAAUUUUGAUGUGGUAAAGCCGAUUUUGGAGAAAUGCACACCUGACGAACUUGCACACAUUGAAAGAAAGCAUCGUUAUCUCGAAGAGGACACUGGGGAGUUAUGGAAGCGUUUCGUUUCAAAAAAGUAUCCAGGAGAGGAACUAAGAUAUCAUAAUUUGUGGAAAGAACUGUAUUAUUUCCUGGAGAAGGAGAAAGAGGAGAAAUUGAAGCAGGUCACUUUGCGCAUCGGGAAAAUGCACAAUUCCGAUUCAAUGAAAAGAAACCGCACGGCGAUACUAGCUGAUGCUACCGCUCCUACUUUCGUGAAACGUCGUCAAAUCCGGCAUGGAACUACCAAUGUGCCCACGACUCUUCCUAGUGCUCUAGAACUAUCGAGCGCUCGUAGAAAGAUUUUCGAGACCGGGGGUACUGUUGCAAAUUUCGUUUUCCUUUUAGGCUCGAAGGACGCUCUUGCUGCUCUUCCUGCUGUUAUGGUUAAGCCAAACUCGGCAUCUGUUUGCAAGACAGAGAACAAGAAAGCACCGAGUAAGAAGGGUGCACUUAUGAUUAAGACAAUGAGGAUGUUGAAAAUUAAGCGCAAAUAA